AUGGUAUUUAUACGUUCUUUUUCCCGUCAGCUUGGACGGCCCAUUUCUAGCCUCCUUUCACCCAAUGCGCUGAGCAGGCCUGCGCUCGGCAGCCGCUUCGGUGCCCCCGCAUUGGGUGGCCGUACUCCUGGUGCACGUACGCUAACUGCCUCUGCGAACCUACAGGGCAAGGUUCUUAUGGUCCUAUAUGAUGGUGGCUCCCACGCCAUAGACCAGCCCGGUCUCCUCGGAACCACCGAGAAUGAGCUCGGUAUCAGGAAGUGGCUCGAAGACCAGGGUCACACCGUUGUGACCACUUCCGACAAGGACAGCGAAAACUCGACUUUCGACAAGGAGCUUGUCGAUGCUGAAGUUAUCAUCACCACUCCCUUCCACCCUGGAUACCUCACUGCUGAGCGCCUGGCUAAGGCUAAGAACCUCAAGCUCGCCGUCACUGCCGGUAUUGGAUCAGACCACGUUGACCUCAAUGCCGCCAACAAGACCAACGGUGGUGUCACUGUUGCCGAAGUCACUGGCUCUAACGUUGUCUCUGUUGCCGAGCACGUCAUCAUGACAAUCCUUCUCCUAGUCCGCAACUUCGUUCCCUCACACGACCAGAUCCGCAACGGCGACUGGAACGUUGCUGCUGUCGCUAAGAACGAGUUCGAUCUUGAAGACAAGGUUGUUGGUACCGUCGGUGUUGGCCGCAUCGGUGAGCGUGUGCUCCGCCGCCUGAAGCCCUUCGACUGCAAGGAGCUCCUCUACUACGACUACCAGCCACUGAGCGCUGAGGCCGAAAAGGCCAUUGGCGCCCGCCGUGUCGAGUCCCUCGAAGACCUGGUCUCUCAGUGUGACGUUGUCACCAUCAACUGCCCUCUCCACGAGAAGACCCGUGGUCUGUUCAACAAGGAACUAAUUUCCAAGAUGAAGCCCGGUGCCUGGCUCGUCAACACUGCCCGUGGUGCUAUUGUUGUCAAGGAGGAUGUUGCUGAGGCUCUCAAGUCCGGCCACCUCCGUGGCUACGGUGGUGACGUCUGGUUCCCCCAGCCCGCCCCCAAGGACCACCCUCUCCGCUAUGCUGAGCACCCCUGGGGUGGCGGUAACGCGACUGUUCCUCACAUGUCUGGUACCUCCAUCGAUGCCCAGAUUCGCUACGCCAACGGUGUUAAGUCCAUUCUGGACAGCUACUACUCCGGCCGCUUCGACUACAAGCCUGAGGACCUGAUCGUCCACGCCGGCGACUACGCAACCAAGUCCUACGGUCAGCGCAAGUAG